ACAUACCAGAAAGCCUUUCUCUGUCUCCACCCAGAUAAGCUUCAAAAGAAAGGUGCCACUCAAGAACAGAAGUACAUUGCCGAGAAGGUUUUCGAUGUUUUGCAGGUCAAAUUUCUUCUCAUUUAG